AUGGCUGAGACACCGUCCUGCCCUAAGGAGGAGACCCCUGCCCCUGACGAGAGUCUGGGAGCCCUGUACUGGGCCUGUGUUCACAACCACCCUGCUCAGCUCCAAGCCAUCCUGGAUGCUGGGGUCUCCCCAGAGCAGGUGGCUCAUGUGGACAGCAAUGGAAGGACAGGCCUCAUGGUCGCCUGCUACCAUGGCUUCGCAAGUAUUGUGACCCUGCUGAGCCGCUGUCCUUACCUGGAUGUGAACCAUCAGGACAAAGAAGGGAACACGGCCCUCAUGCUGGCUGCCCAAGCAGGCCACACCCCUCUAGUGAGUUUCCUGCUCAACUACUAUGCGGGCCUGGACUUGGAGCGCAGGGACCAACGGGGAUUCACCGCCCUGAUGAAGGCAGCAGUGCAGGACCGCUGUGCUGACUUGACUUCUGUGGAUCCUGUUCGGGGCAAGACAUCCCUGGAGUGGGCUGUACUGACAGACAGCUUCAACACGGUACGGAGGAUCCGGCAGCUGCUCCGGAGGCCCAGAGCUGAGCAGCUCAGCCAGCACUACCAGCCUGAGUGGCCGCCCUUGCCUGGGCUCGUGGCCCAGGCCCAGGCCCAGGCUCAGGCUGCCCCAUCCCUCCUAGAAAGGCUUCAGGCCUCACUGAACUCCUCUUUUGCCCAGCCUCCUCAGGAGGGGGGUGUUCUAGACCACCUUGUCACCAUCACCACAGGCCUCGCCAGCCCCUUCCUCACCACUGCCUGCCACACACUCUGCCCUGACCAACCACCUGCCCUGGGCACCAGAAGCAAGUCGGUGCCAGAGCUGUUAGGGACUGCCCCUCCUCCUGCCCCAGCACCCCAGCCUCCUCAGCAAGUCCCUGACUCCAGAGCCUUUGUCCCCUACCAGAGUACUCAGGGUCUUCUCUCCCAGUGGUUACAGCCCAGGGACAGCACCAACAAAAAGUUUCAAGUCCCCAAGAUCCUCCUCUCCAAGGCACAUUCAUCCCCUAGCCAGUGCCCAUCGAUACCCAGGUCUGUGGGCCACCAAAGUCUGGCCCUUCCUCUCUGGCCAUAUCAAGAGCUCAGAAUGGCAAGAAAGAGGCAGGAGGAGGAGGCCAGGUGUACACAGAAUCAAGGGAAGAUGGGCUAG